GCAAGAAAAACGAGCAUGCACGUGCUUCCGGUUGCUAUCCGUCGCGGUCCGUCUGGUUUCACCGUAGCACCGGCGUGCUUGCAUUCACCGGUUGACAUCGAUUUAAACGGUUUCUUCGCAAUUAGCCGGUUAUCGUGUUGCGGAGCCAUCCUCUCUCAUCCCUGUUGCUUCGGCCAGCCUGCCGGGCGCCCUCGACACCAAAGCAGUAUGAAUGUUUUGAAGGAAGGAUGGUUCACCGAGAUUGUAAACACCAACAACAAUCCAGUGCUGUCCGUGGAUGUUGAAAAGAUCCUUCACCAAGAGCGUUCCAACUUCCAAGACAUCCUUGUCUUUAAGAGCAAGUCAUUUGGGACUGUGCUGGCCCUGGAUAAUGCAAUUCAGUGCACAGAACGGGACGAAUUCUCCUACCAGGAGAUGAUCACAUUCCUGCCCCUCAACUGCCACCCAGACCCCAAAGAUGUGCUGAUCAUCGGUGGAGGUGAUGGCGGUGUGGCACGGGAGGUGGUCAAGCACCCCAGCGUAGUCUCGGUCACGCAGUGCGAGAUUGAUGAGAAAGUUGUAGAGGUCUCCAAAAAGUACCUUCCUUUCAUGGCUGAGGGCUUCAAGAGUCCGAAAUUGGAGCUCAAGAUAGGAGAUGGCUUCCAGUUUAUCAAAGAAACCACACGCAAAUUUGAUGUUGUCAUCACGGACUCCUCUGACCCUGUUGGCCCAGCAGAAGCUCUCUUCCAGAAGCCAUACUAUGAGGGACUCAAGAGGAUUCUCAAGCCAGGUGGAAUCCUCUGCUCUCAAGGCGAGUCCAUGUGGUUUGAUCUGAAGCUUAUUGAAGAGAUGAUGGACAUGUGCCGGACCCUGUUCCCAGUGGUCAACUAUGCCUCAAUCUACACGCCCACCUACCCCAGCGGACAGAUCGGUUUCCUGCUCUGCUCCACAUCGCCUGACACUGACUUCCACAGCCCGCUGCAUAAGUUCAGUGAGGAGCAGCUUCGGAACAUGAAGGUCCGGUACUACUCGCCCGAGAUGCACCAGGCAGCUUUGGCCCUGCCCCGGUUCGUCAAACAGGCCCUGUACAAGUGAGUGACAUACUACCAACAUUCCAGUUGAUGCGGGUGCAGGAUCGCCUUGCGCCACGCUGUUGGAAGCUGUGGCCGAUACUUGGAGCUGCCGUUUUUCUACUCUGUGCGCACUGCAUUUCCUUUGGAAAUUUCGGACCACCGCAUACGUUCAUGUUAUAUAUUUGUUCUGCCAUGAAUAAAGCGAUAUUUUAUGUUCACUAA